CCUGGCGAGGCCAUCAUGCAAAUAGAGUAGGAAAGAGAAACGGAGAUAACGAUACAGAUAACAAGAAUGUGUAGGUGUGAGGGCACAUAAAAAUUUUCCAGUUUUUCUUUGGGAUUCAAGGGAAAGUCUGGCGCCGCUUGCUACACAGGUAGAAACCAAGAUCUGUGAUCAGUCAAGAAAAUGCCUCGCUCGUGUUCAGAAGUCUUUCUGGGAUUGAUCGUGCUCCUGGGCUCCGUCCUGGCCCGCGCGCAUCUUAGCAGUCUGCAGGAACUGGAGCUGAGUUCGCUGCGCACCCACAAACAGCUAUUGCAGGCGGAGAUCGCCCGUCUUUUUGUGGAGCAACCGCCGCGACCGGAAACCCAGCUCUUGCUGGACGAUCUCCAGCUGAGGGAGCAUCAAAUAGGUCUGCAAAUAGACAACCUAGAGGGCAUCUCCAGGGGCGAGACCACGCAAAGGCUGGCCAUCAAUCUGACCGCUGACUUUGAGCACCUCCAGCAUAAGCUGGAUGAUUUGAAGCGCCAACUCGAGUUGCUGGAUGGGCGAUUUGCCUCCCAAGGAAAACAACUGGAAGGACACUCGUCGGAAAUAGCUGCGCCGGCUGCCCCCGGACUGGGUUCCUUUCUCUGGGGACCCCUCCUGACCAUGCCGGAGUUUCCGCAGGGCAGUGUGGCCAGUGACCAGCAACAUAACCACAACCACCAUCAGCAGGAUCACCAACAGGACCAGCAGCCGGGAACCAGUCCCUCCAUCAUCAAGCGAGUGCUGGACAUGCUUAGGCCAUCCGUGGGGGUGGCAGGACUAAGGACCCGAUGGGCUGAAUCGGACAAAUCAGCUGGAACCGGAUUGCAAACGUCUAAGCCCGCUCGCCCACUUAGUGCCGAGGAGCUCCUCCCACAGCUGCAGGAGCAGCGCAGGUUCUUGGACGAUGCCAUUACGCGACUGGAGCGCCUGGCGGUCAAGAAGGGCUCAAAAAAAAAUUAA